CCCAGGAGGAUCUGGGAAGAAGAAUGUACGAAAACAAAAUGGCGUACGAAGUAGAGUGGUACAAAUGAUCGACACAGCAGAAAUAUUUGUUGCAGAAGCUAUGCUUGAUGGCCAGAUGUUUAACAUUGAUAGUGAUAUGUCGGCCGGAAUGCACGUACAACAUCCUGAAACAGAGUUUAGGUUGAAAAAAGUAUCUGAAAAGUUUAUAGAGAGCAUUCAUUUGAUGGUAAAUGAACCUUCAGUGGGUUUAUUCAGAAUACAUGAACAUGUUCGAAGGUCGGUCCCACAAAUAGUGGAUAAAAAGUUAGAAAUGCAGAAUUUUCAAAAAAAAAUUCAUGGAGUUUGCUAUGACUUAGAUUAUUCUAUAAGGACAGUGCAGUCAAUGCAGAAGAUUCCCCAUUUCACCAUAAUCCAGGAGUGUCUAAGAAGUGCUAUAGCUUCAAAGCAAAAUCUGGAUGCAGCAAAAAAUCAAAGAAGAACAAUGAAAUAUGACAGCCAUCGUAUUGAUGAAGAGCCUGUUGUGAUUGGUCCUCCACAAGCCGAAGUAGAGGGUUCCAUUUGUCCUAACUGUAUGAAGAUAUGGAAUAGUCAAGAUGAGUUGAUAAUACAUUGGCAAAACGAACAUGCCACACAAGAGACCCCUAUUAACACCGAGGUUGCCGUGCCCGCAGAACAAGAUAACAAUAUUUCUUAAUUGAUUAUUUGAUUGAUUAAUUCAUGAAUAAUUUAAUCAAAGGGUUAGUUUGUUGGUUGAUUGAUUGAUUAAUUGAUUAA